AUAGGAAGGCGGGUAAUGAAGAGAUCCAUCUAUAAAACUACAGGUGCCAUCGGAGGCAUGUGACACAGCUGUGCACAUGUACAAAAGAGAGAGAGAGGGAGGGAGCGAGAGAGAGAGAGAGAGAGAGAUAGAGAGAUUGGGGGUGAUUAGGAGAACGGGGAGACAGAGAGGGGUUAUUCUCUGAGCUAGUCAAGUGACGAGUGUGAAGGAAGGCGUGCAUGGAAGGAAGAGACACAAUGCAUGCUGAGACAAUAAGAUAUACAAGAAACAAUAAAAUAUUGAAAGAAUACAUAGAAGAACUAUGAAAAAAGGAGACAAAGAAAAGGAUUGAGAACAACCUGGAUACAUUUUGCGGGAACACUAAGAGAAAAGAGACCAAGAAGAAGAGUGAAAGCCACUGUUCAUCUGUAUCACAUUAUCACAGAAUGCUGCUGUAUCUUCUGUUCUGGAUGAGUCUAUUUCUGUUGAUUACAAACGGUGAAAGAGGAUUUUAUGGGAAUCAUUAUGGCGAGUGGAAUGAUUCGCAACUGCAGCCCACCAUACAGAAGCUGAUGAAAGGCUACAAUCGAUACCUUAGGCCAAACUUCAACCAGGGGCCUGUUAAAAUUGGAAUGAGUCUGGAUAUUGCCAGUAUUGACGCCAUCUCUGAGAUUAACAUGGACUACACAGCCACUAUCUUCCUAAGACAACGAUGGGGAGAUUCCCGCCUCAUAUUCCCUGGAAAUGAAAGUCUGAGUCUGGACGGGCGGCUGGUUUCUUUGCUGUGGAUCCCCGAUACGUUCAUCCCUGAUUCUAAGCGUUCUUUCCUCCAUGACGUAACUGUGGAGAACCGUCUGAUCCGCAUCUUCAGUAACGGCACUGUGCUCUACGCUCUUCGCAUAACAGCAACCAUUGCCUGCAACAUGGACCUCACCAAGUAUCCUAUGGAUAGACAAGAGUGUACUUUGCAAUUAGAAAGCUGGGGGUAUAAUUUACAGGAUGUAGUGUUUUACUGGACCCGAGGGAAUGACUCAGUGAAGGGGUUAGAUACACUGCGUCUGGCCCAGUACAGUGUGGAGAGCUACUACACAACCGUAUCUCAGGCUGUGUAUGAAACAGGUUUUUACCCGAAGCUAGUGCUGCAUUUCUCUUUACGUAGAAAUGUGCUGUUCUUCAUUCUGGAGACGUACGUGCCCUCGACACUUCUGGUGGUUCUGUCAUGGGUGUCUUUUUGGAUCAGUCAGUCCUCCGUUCCAGCUCGCACCUGCAUCGGCGUGACCACUGUUCUUACCAUGACCACACUAAUGAUGGGAGCCAGGACCUCGCUUCCCAAUGCCAACUGCUUCAUUAAGGCUAUAGAUGUCUAUCUCGGCAUCUGUUUCACUUUCAUCUUUGGUGCUCUGCUGGAAUAUGCCUGUGCUCAUUUCUGCACCAUGCAGCACCAAACUAUUGUAGAUGUGCAAAGGGAACUACUCAAAGAAUUUGAGGAGUCAAAUGGUAUGACUCACUUGGCAAAUUCAACAUCACCCAAAAAGAUGCAGACUGAAGAAUCAACUCAGCAGGAGAUGCCUGAACAAUCUGUGAUAUGCGAAGGGAAUGAGGCUAAAGACAAGAAGAAAGAAAAGGGGUGCGGUUUGUCUUCUGUAAAGCAAAUGUCUCGCCGAGCAGCAUCCAUGAUGAGUGUUGAGAAUCCUAACAACAUCGACAGACAUGCACGUGUAUUUUUCCCCACGGUAUUUCUCCUUGUCAAUAUUUUCUACUGGCUCUACUACCUUUUAUUCUAAUGGAUGAACCACUCUUAAUGAACAAAGUAUUGCACAAAUGACUGUAAAAGUGAAAAGUAAAUUACAGUUAUAUAGUGGCCUAUAACAAGGAGCUGGACUUGAUUCAUUGUUGCACUGAAGAAAGUGUUUCUACAUAACAAUAAAAAUGAAGAUCAAAUGGACACACAUAAAUCACCAUACAGACUCAUCUGCAGCAGGACACAAAGAAGGACGCU